UUAGGGAACCUUGGGAGAGCUGCUGGCUCCAACAUGAGAUUUUGCUUGCUGGUAUUGACCAAGUAGUCCUUUUUGUUUGAAACGUUAAUUUGAUAAUAUUUGCAUCUAGGUUCUGUUAGUUGUUAAAGAAGCAAGUUGCUGUCACUAUUAUAGUGUUGUAUUUGAGCCAACCUUGACUACAUAGGUGACCUCUGUUGCCUGGUUUUUAUCUUUCUAGUCAAGAUUGUCAUGCUUACAGUUGUCUCUUCGUGGUGUGAUUUAGGACCAGCGUAAUUUCUGUUAGGCUGUUGCUGGUCCUUUUAACUGUCCCUAGAAUUUAUCAUCCUAUCUUCUUUUAGAUUCUUAUGUGAGUAUUUGACAGAUCUUGUGCAAGCUUUGGAAAUCAAUUUUCUGAGAUUAAUAUAAUCAAUGGCCAACCAUAUGGCUUUGAAUUAGCAUUUCCUAACCUUGUCAUGAUUGCAUAGAAUAUUUUACUUAUGUGGCUUCUCACUCUCUUGUGUUAUUAUUAAGCAGGAAAGAUCUCUCCUACGAAACAGGCAGCUGGUUCUACAGUUGUUCAAGUGAUUGAAGAGCUAAUACCUUCCUUCCCUAGGAGGUAUGUUGGUUUUCCAUAUUUAUUUGUUUCUGAGAGUUAGAUUGUUUUCUUCGACAAUAUUUGCUGUGUCCUGCUCAGUAAUCUGUUUCAUGGCGGAGGUGAUUAGAAGAUGAUAUUGAACAGUCUUCUGUGAUACUUGAUUAACAUAGGUGCAGGCUUGUUUUGUGAUGGCAUAGAAUUACAGAAGACCUAUGGUUGCUAAUCUUUGCUUUGCAAUUGUCUUAUGGCUUGCAGUGGUGUGGAAAAACUGAAGGAGCUGAUGGACACUUGAAAAUUGAUUGGUAGAGCCUGGAGCAGCCCCAGAAUCAUAUUCUCCAGUGUUCUGGCUGCGUUGUGUGUUGAAGAAGCUCAUCUCCGUUUGCCGAUAUGUGCAUGGUUAUUGAGUUUAACAGAGAAGCAAGUCCCUGAAAAGUAAGAAACUCAAACCUAAACGUCAAAUGUGAGAUGAUGAGGAUGUAUCAGUUGUUGUGAAAUCUCUUCAACUGUAGAAUAUGUGUAUGUUCGUUAAAUUAUGCAUCUAUGAAGGAAUCUCGAUGUGGAAAUAUAAGCAUUUACGUAGGCCAGAGAGCCGAACUAGAAAUGAGGCCCUUCUGCAUUCAUUUUUCAAUCUAUUUUGGGUCUGCUCACUUGGUAGUUUAGAAUCAACUAGUCUUGAAAGGUAGUGUGCCCUGUGAGAUUGGUACCGAGUGUCCCGUCCCCCUUGCAUUACUAGCUGUAGCGGGCAGUUAGAAACGUGGUAUGGACCAAACCAAAGGUUCUGCUGCUAUCGACACCUACCCAAUUAACCAAAAGGGAUAGGAAGUCUGGUCUCUUAAGUACUCUAAGCUAGUGACUGUCGGUGAGAAACACAUGUUUCCUAUUGCGUUCGUUUGCGGUGGCAGAGCUCCAUGCUUAAUUUUGGUUUCCAGUUUUACUUUCUACUAGACACUUGGUAAUAUGGUCUGCAUUUAGUUUGCACGCAGAUGUCGUUGAUGGUGAGGCUUCAUGGGAUAAACAUGCUUAUGACCUGAUUUCGUGAAUGGCAAUGAUAGAUAGAGCUCAUGCAUCGAAUUUUUGGUAAGUCAUCCCUGUUCUUGCUUGAUCAUGUGUGUUGCACUUGCAUGUCUUGCUCCGUGGUUUCUUCUUUCCUUGUUCUCGAUCUUUUUAUCGUUUGCCAUGAAGCGUCUUGAACUAUAAUAACUUUGUUCAACAUGCAGGAGGGGUGUAACAAUCUGGCCAAACUACAGCUAAGAAUCAUAGAAGAGGCAGAGUACGCAUUUCAGGAUCAUUGCACGCAACUUGGUAGUAAUUAAUCCAAUAGGAAAGCAGACACGCUGACGAGCCCUUGUCGACAGGCUGAAGUUUUGGCAGCUGCUUACUGAGGUAAGCGCGCAGAAAUUAUCCCUUCUCAUCUCGUGUCGAGGUCCAGAGUCUCGAGCUGUUUCGAUGAGAUUUGAUGCAUUAUUAUGAUGUUGGUAAAUCAUGGGUUGAGCUCUAUUUUGGUGGAGAACAUGAAAAUUUUGAGAUUUAAUAUCCAAAAGACAAAUAAAAUUAUUUUUAUUGUGGAAACCACAUAAGUCAUAUAUGAUCAUCCGAUCGACGGGGCGUCUCUAUAUAAUUUUAUUUCUAAACCUAAUAUUGAGGAAAUGAUUUAUCUAAAAGAUAUGUAAAGCAACUAUGAGCAGCAAGUAGAAAGUAGAAACCGAAGGCAAACAGAUUCUGCCAAAGAAAAAUAGCAAUCGGGUUAUUCAACAGUCAAAAUCACCGAAUGAUUUUUCCAUCUUUGACGGCGAUGCAACGUCUUCGCUGCCGCAUGAAAAGUCGAGAGUUGACAUUCUAGACUGAUGAUGACUUGCACAGCUGCUCUUCGUUGAGUUAUUCAUUAUAACUUCUCAUCUUCUCGCCAAAGGAAGGAUUUCGGAUUUUCGUUCCCCUGUAACUUGAAACAGACCAGAAAAGAAAGAAGCGGAAUGGAGUCCACGAAAUCCAACAGCCUCGGAAACUCUCUCCUCGUGCCUUCUGUCCAGGAGCUGAUAAAGACCCAAAUCGACUCUGUUCCAUCCAGAUACUUACGCCCUGAUCUUGUCGACCACCCGAUUUCCGUCGCUGAUGUUCCGGUUGUUGAUUUGGGGAAGCUGAUUGAUGAAGCCACCAUGGAUUCCGAGCUCGCAGUCCUUCACUCUGCCUGCAAAGAUUGGGGCUUUUUCCAGUUGGUAAACCAUGGAGUGAGCUCUACUCUGGUGGAGAACAUGAAGACACAAGUUCAGGAAUUCUUCUACUUACCAAUGGAAGAAAAGCAAAAAUUCUGGCAAUUACCAGGAGAAAUGGAAGGGUUCGGGCAGGCAUUCAUUGUCUCCGAGGAGCAGAAGCUCGAUUGGGCCGACGUCUUCUUCCUCGUCACUCAGCCUCCCCACCUCAGAAAGCCGCACUUGCUCCCAAAGCUGCCCCUUCCGUUCAGAGACACAUUGGAGAACUACUCGCUCGAGGUAAGAAACCUUGCAGCACAAGUACUGGACCAUAUGGCAAAAGCCCUGCAGAUGAAACCAGAGGAAAUGAAGGACAUAUUCUCGGGGAAUGUAAGGCAGACAAUGCGGACGAACUACUACCCUCCGUGCCCGGAGCCUGACAAAGUCAUCGGCUUCACACCUCACUCCGACGGCACUGGCCUCACCAUACUCUUGCAGGUGAAUGAGGUUGAAGGCUUGCAGAUUAAGAAAGACGGACAAUGGGUGCCAGUCAAGGUCCUUCCCAAUGCUUUUGUGGUCAACGUUGGUGACAUUCUCGAGAUGAUAACCAAUGGAGUGUACCGGAGCAUCGAGCAUCGGGCGACGGUGAACUCGGAGAAGGAGAGGCUGUCGAUUGCUUGCUUCCAUUCUCCUAGGUUCGAUGGGAAGAUCUACCCUGCGCCGAGCUUGGUGUCUGGAGACAGGGCGGCCUUGUUCAGGAAUGUGAGCGUUAAGGAGUUCUUUAGGGGAUUCUUCUCUCGUGAGAUUCAGGGGAAGUCUUACCUCGAUACCUUGAGGAUCUGAUGUAUGGAAAAAGGCUCUCCAAAAGCAUUGAUUUGGGUUCGCUUGCAGCUUGUACUUUGCCAGGGCGAUACUGGGUUGUACUGUGCCGGAAUAAAAUCCAUCCAUUUCAUAGGAUGCAUAAUAGUGUAUCAAUGAUAUAUCUAUAGAAUACACUCCUUUCACUUGCAAAAAGCUUGUCAGCCACUUCUAUAAGCCUUACCUUGUCGCCAAGAAAAUCAAUUCGGUAGCUUGUCGUUUGGCUCUUCACCCUGUUCUCACAUAGUCACAUGCAUCCGAUCUUUCAUGUUUCCAUGCAUGCAAGCAGGGGGAAAUCCAGACAUUUAGAGGUGUUCUAAGACAUUUCUGAGAUUCAGCAAAAAUUCACCCACUCAUCAAAUAGUAUUUUCAGGUUAGAAAAGCUAGCUUUAUUCCCGGCAUGUUGGUCAGGAAAAUUUUGUUUUUGACGUAAUUUAUAUUGUUUUAUUUACUUUAAAGUUGAAAUUAUUUAGACUUUUGUAAGUUUUUUGGGACAUGAUACUAUAGGUUAAAGUUAUUUAGAUCAUUAAUUAACCAACACUUGAGACGUGAUACAAUAGCCUAACUCUAAUGGGUGAACCCUAGGUCUUGCUUCUCUAAACGUAAACCUUAGGCUUGUUGGUCUGGUCACUGGUAGGGGUGUACAUGGAUCGGGUGGUCCGGGUUUUGGCAUUUUAAUCACUCGACCCAUGCACUACGAUUUUGGAAAUAUUAAACCCAAACCCACCCAAAAAAAAUUAAACCCUACUGUUUGUUUCUAAUUGGGUUGGGUCGGGUUGGCGAUAUUUUUAAGUAAAAAUCCAACCCAACACAAAAUAUGUAAUUAUUCUACACCAUAAAAAUAUUUUAUAACUAAUUAAAAAUUCAAACGAAUAAACCGAGAUGAAAAGGUAUCAAAAUUCAAAAAUGUUGUUUGAAUUUUAAUAAAAUUUGAUUUACUUCAACUUAUGUCUAGUUUUCUUCACGACAUUUGUUGAAAUAGGCUAAAAAGGUUACAGAUGAACGCAUUCAUAAUAUGUUAUUCUAUUAAAAUUGUACACAAGAAAAAUAAUUACGUGAAUCAUAGCUAUAUUAAAUUUAUGUCUAAACU